AUGUCUAGGAAAAAAAUUCAAGAUGAUGAUAUUUCCAUCCACAUUCCUGAUGGAGCCGAUUUUAAAAAUUUAUUGAAACUGUUUCAGAAAUUAGUGGACCAGACAGUUGCUCAGAAAAGGGAUGAAAGAUUAGGCUUGUAUAUAAAAGAUGCUGACGAAAUGGAUUACGAUAAAUUCUUUGCUGAAGUCCAGAAGCUGUUUGGUACAGAUGUGAAAUCACAAGAUGUUAAAACCUUCUAUAGGAAGAUUAGCAACAAUCCUGAUGGGCGGACGGAAUGGUGCGAGAUCUUUGGAUAUUACAUACUGGAAGGUGAUGCUCUUGCUGCCCAGCUUGAUGAAGAAAAUAUGGUUUUCCUAGUGUCCAAAAAGCAGCGGAUUGCAAAAGCAGGAGUCAAGAGACGUGAUGUAAUAAAGUGCAUAGUGAAAGUACCACAGCUGGAUUUUUUAGUAACAGCAUCACAGAAAGGGAUGCUGUCCGUUUUCUCCAGCCAGAUGAGGAUCCUGACAAGCACAAGCAUUCCUGACACCUCCUGGAUCACUGGAUGUGAUUACCUGAGUCAGCUCAAGCGUGUUGUUGCUGUGACGGAAAGAACCAUUAUCAUCUGGGAUUAUAAAACACCGGGCACUGCCAUAGACAAUUGUUUUAUCAUCAAACCCGUGGAGCACUGUGUUAUUUGUGUUUGUGCCGUUCAGCGACCAGCAGAACUACUAGUGAAGGAUGACAUCUUACUGGGGGAUGACGGGGGAUACGUAAACAUGUAUACCAUGACCAGCGAUGACUUCGGACUAAAGCAAUCUAAAGCUAAAAAGAAAGCACAGGUUAUGGUUAUUGAUUCUAAGAAAUUCAAAAGCAUCAGACGCAAGCUACAUGAGGACUGGGUUGUGAAAGUCAAAUACAUUCCAGCCUUGAAUUGUUUUGGAUCCUGUUCUUUGGACAGUGUUCAUUCUUUGGUUUUGGAUGACCUGAGAAGACUCGAAGACAACAUGCCUGUCAGGGAGUUCUCAGUACCAAGGGGAGUUAACGCUUUCACAUACUGUGGAAAAGCCAAUAUUGUUGUUACUGGGGGAGAUGAUAAAAUUCUUCGUUUGUGGCAUCCUAACAUCAAUACUAAGCCAGUGGGGAAGCUGAUGGGACAUUUAUUUACCAUCACAGAGAUUGUCACCAAUGAAAAGGACCAGCACAUUAUUAGCCUUUCGACUGCAAAGAUUUUCAGAGUGUGGGAUAUCCAGACACUUUCACUGAUGCAGGUCUUCCACGAUUCCCAAGCAGGGCCUAGAGAGACACAAAUCUUUACUAUGGUAUUUGACAAUAACCAUGGCACACUUAUUACAGGAUCAGCUGUGAUUGAUAUUUAUCCUCUCACGCGAGUUAUACAAGACACAAAACAGGUUCCCCAGACGCAUGAGAGGAGCAUCAAUGUGCUGAUUUACAACAAAGUCUUUCACCAAAUUCUAACUAUCUGUUCUGAAUCAAUCGUAAAGGUCUGGGAACUGGAAACAGGCCAACAAAUAUACCAGAUAGAGGAUGCCCAUGGACCUAAUGUUGAGUUGACAUGUGCAGCAAUUGAUAAAAAUGGAUUCCACCUUGCCACUGGAGCAUGCGAUGGAACUGUGAAGACUUGGGAUUUUGGAAGUGGACAGCAACUUAAAGUUUUGCCUUUAAUCAGGGAAAGCACAGUUAAUGAACACUGGCUGAUGCAAAUGGUUUACCUGAAGGCUAGUGGAAGUAGACAUGUCAUCCUGGUCUUGGAGUACAGUGGGACUAUCAAAAUUGUUCAGGGUAAUGAAGGUGAAGUUUAUCUGUGCAUUACUUGGGAGCUUCCUGAAGCAGUAUCAAUUGCUCUACAAGGCAAUCCACUCAUGUCCCUAAAACUGAGUCCCAAUGCCAAGAAAAGUAAUGGAUUCUUUCCAGAUGUUCAGCUGCUGCUUGAUAAGGUGCCUGUGAAAAAAUCAAAGACUGAGCUACCUCCGAAAACGGAAGUGAAAUGUUUUGACCUGCUAAGAGUGGAAGGUUACAAUUUGUUAGCUACCGCAAGUGCAAAUGGCGCAAUCAUCAUGUGGGAUUUUGAAUCUGCCACUGCCAGGCACAUAUUUAAAGCUGGAAAUACUGUCCAAGAAGAUGGAGAAGAAUUAUUAGGAAUCAACGGGUUACUGUUCCUCUACCGAGGUGCUGUCUCAGACAGGAAACUUAGUGUGGAUUCCACCGCAAGUUCAGACAUACUGAAUGAUGUCAACCCUACACAGGAGGUGGAAGACAGCUUUGCAAGCAUAAAGAAGGAAGAUGUUAAAAGAGAAACUGAUACCAAAACAGAAACUUCAGAUGCAAAGUUUACAUUGUCACCCACUUUGGAGAACAAAACAAUAGGAUCUUAUUUAUUAGAACCUCCAAAUCAGGAAACAGAACAUCAGUCAAUACCUAUACUUGCCUCUGGCCAUGAAGAUGGUUUUAUUUAUCUCUGGACUAUAACGGGAGAUCUACUGAGAGAAAUUUUGCCUUUCACAAAACAUCCUCCAAUUCCUUUGACAGCACUAUGCACUGGUGUAUCUUCUAAAACACUUUUUGCCGCUAAUAAAGAGGGGCAUGUUAUACGGUGGCAUAUUGGCUCCUUCUUAGAAGAUCCACAGGAUACCAACAAGCAUAUAAAGCAACAAAUUUGCUGGAGAGCUCAUUCUGCCAAAAUAGUCAGCUUGUUCUAUGAAGAAGAAAAAUCCCUUGUGGUGACUGCUGCUAGUGAUAGUUCUGUCAGGCUCUGGCAUGCACCCGAUGGACGCUACGUUGGUUACUUUGGUCAGCGCAGGUUGUUUGAACUUUUGGAAUCCACAGAUAUCAUUUUGCCCUGUGACGUGAAUGAAAUUCCCUUGACCAUAAGAGAUGACAGCAAAUAUAUGGAAAAAAAGCAGAAGUUUGAAUAUCCCUUGGUCCUUGAUAGAGAGAAAUGGAAGACUCUGACCAGAAGCUCCUUGUCAUUGAAAAAGCCUGGCCCUUUUGAAGUUGAUCAAGAUUUCAAGUUUUUCAAAGCCCUGGCUUCUCCUAUGAUUAACAAAUACCCCCUGGAAAGUUUCAAAUCUCGCAACAAGGACACUGGUGUUGUAUUUGGGUCUAUACCUAUAUACAGGGUUACAACUCCUCCGAAGAUUAAACCUAUUCCUACAAAGGAUCAGGAAGACUCAACAGACAGUAUUGGCAGGAGAAGCAGAAUUAAUUCCUAUUCACCAUCGCGUAUCACCGCUGCAAAAAUUGCAAAAGCUGCAAAAAACCUUCAGGCCCCUCCUUUUUAA